UUUCGCGCUGGAUAGAGCUUGACAACAUUAGUCCGCUUGACAACAUUAGUAUUUCUCAAUUACAAUUCUUCCAAAUAUCAUAUCCGGAAAUACGCGAGCUUCUGUUAUUCUUUUUUAACUGAAAAUUUUUUAGGUUUAACAUGGAGAUCUAUGGAAAUUUUUUGAUGACAUUGUUUUUAUUGACAUUUCUACAUUUCGAAAUUUUAUCAUCACCGGUUGAUAAUUCCCAGCAAGUGGCACAAGAAAGUGAUUUAUACACUGAAUCUCCGUGUGAGCUUCGAGCCCUCUCAGCUUACAAAGACAUUCAAGGCAAUAUUUGGGGUGUAGGAAAUGGGAACUUGUGGUGGUUCAACGCCACUAACUUAUCAUGGUCUUUACUACCCCUUCCAAAUGGAACAGCCGCUUCAGAACCUUGGAAAGUAGCUUGCGGUGAUCCAAAGAAAUAUGUAGCUUUAGUUGGCAAGAAUGCAUCAUUAGUACUCCACUUACCGUGGCAGCACUGGCAAUUUGUUGACACUGAUGAUUUUAGCCUUGGUUACGUGGAUAAAGAUGCCACCUGGUGUAUGAAUGGUAACCUUUUUGGAAUCGAUCCCCUUAGAGAGACACUAUAUUUGCUGGAUUCUGAAGAAGCCCAUUGGACAGUAAGCCGAGAUAUGCCAAUAAUGGAUAAUGUCAAUUGGUCAACUCCUCUUGGAGUUGUGAACACCUGGAUAUGGGACGAUGGCGAAUUAGUUAUGGUUGAAAAAUUCGGUAUUUACACCCGAAUAAUGUAUACCAAUGCCUCAGGAAUAGAUUGGGUUGUUAUGGCAUCUGAUAACUUGACUACUGUAUGGCCAGACCUUAAUCAAAGUGAUAAAGGACUUUCAUUAUCUUUUAAACUUGGAUCUGAAAAUAUGUGGUUAUGGUUGGAUGAUAAAAGCUUAAUAGAACUAUGGACAUUUAAUCAUAAUACCACAAAAUGGCGCAGGGCUAAUCGUAAGUUUACGAGCAAGCUGCCUAGUCUUCAGAGUGUUCUUGUUGCUUGGGAAGAAAAUGGACAACUAUGUGCUGUUACGCGAAGCUCUGAAUGCACGGCUCAAUACAGCGUAAGCCAUACAGAAUGUUGGUCUGAGAAUGAUAUGUUGCUGAAUGAUGAUGACGAUAAUUUUGAUUCAGCACUAAGAUUGACAACUGUGUCUACAACUCCGAAUGCAAAAAGUGACGAGGGAUCUUGGAAAUCUGAAAGAUUUAAUACCAACUACACAUCACCAAGCAGGGUAAUACCACCACCGAUUACAUCUCCAGAGUUACCGAUGUCUUCCGAAAUCAGCCCGAUUGAAAUCCUGAAUCCUAUUAAGCCCAUUAUCACCAAAUACUCUCCUGAAAUAACCUGGAAAACAACUGACCAAACUAACAAGGUAGUUUCCAUUACCCCGGCUCGGUUCCCACUUUGGCACCAACAUACCGGUGUCUUUGGAUCGGUUAUAUUCUUCGGUACAUCUCUCACUAUAUUUGGUCUAGUUGGUUUCUUCUGGUGCGUUCGUAAAUGCGUUCAUUUCCCCAAAGAAGCUCUUUUAUUGAGGGACCCACCGUCUGUUCGAUACACAGCUAUUCCUGAUUCGUUAGGCUACGAUUCUCGCAAACCAACCCCUGCUACUUACACGGUGAUUCCCGAUUCUCUUGCAUAAGUUACUGAUGCAUAAGUUACUUAUGCAUAUGAUAAUAUAAAUUUAAAUGCAUAUGAUAAUGUGAACAAAGUAACAAUGGAAUUAAACAAUGCUUUUAUACUCAGAUUAAAAGCAUUUGAAGAUAAUCAUUCGGUCUUGAUGAUUACAACCGCUUUGCAAUCGGCUGACAUGAAAUUAAUAUGUUCAGCGCCACAGAAGACAGUUGCGUCUAUUUUAUCCGGCAACAGCUGACAUUUUUAUUAUCCUAUAGCCACAUAAAUUUACAUUUUCAAUGUAGUGUGACCUGUUAUACAUUAAUAAUUUAUUCUAUUAUAUUUUAGUUUUUAAAGCUCAUUUUUACAAGU